AUGUUCGUUCAUAGUCAGCAAUGGCUGUAUGUGAUGACGUUACAGUUAGCAACCGGAGCCAUAGGUGUCGUUGAAGUGUCGUUAGUUCGCGGGCGAGGGCGGCCGCGCUGCCGCGGUCGUCUCAAGAUCAAGGUCGUGCGGCAGACGUGCGGCAAGGUCACCUGGCUCCCGACGCCCCUCCGCACUCCCCGCGCUUGCCUCUCGUGCCUCUCACGCGCGCAAAUAUUUGCGACCGUCUGUCCUCCGCGACCGAUACGCCGAGGUCAGCCCGUCAACAGACCUUGA